AUGGAGUUGGAUCAAAGGGAGAGGCUGCGGACUCUAAUCCAUCAGUGGAACGAGAACCGCUUGGAUCUGUUUAGUAUUAGUGAGCCCAAUGAGGUAAGUUUCUAGUGUGUUCUGUGCUUUUUUUUUGACAUUCCUGCAUUUGACGAUUUUUUUGUCACAGAACAUGGAAUUUUACGGUGUUAUGCGCUUUUAUUACCACGAACCAGGGCAGAAAGUGACAACGAAAUGCAUAAGAGUAUCUUCGUCAACUACCACACAAGCUGUAAUUGAUGCCCUGGUAGAGAAAUUCCAUCCAGACAUGAAGAUGUUAACGGAUCCAGAUUACUCGAUAUGGGAACUUCACGAAAACAGUGAAGAAAGAAUGCUCGAACUCGAUGAGCGGCCUCUCCUCGUCCAAUUAAGUUGGCAUCAGAGCAAUCGUGAAGGACGUUUCCUCUUGAAAUCCACGGAUCAGCCUGUUUAUCUUCCGUUUUCGGUAUGUCUAAAGUAAUACAAUUAAUUUUGUGGAGCAGUUUUGAAUUCAAGCUGUACUUUAUAUGUUAUUUCAUGGUGUGGGUCUUCCUUUGGGUUGAUUUCGGACUGGUUUUGAGGUGGAUUUGACUUGACAGAUGGCCCUUUUCCGGGUUUAAUGGGUUUCGGAAGGCAGAUUUUAGGUAAUAAAUGGGGUUUAUGGCUUGUUGAUCAAUUGCCAAGUCGGAAAUUCCUUUUUUAUGUGUUAAGGGGAUGAUUAAUCAUUGAUAAGGCGUGGUGAUAUCACUCUGAGAAUUCUAUGUUUGUUUUUUAUACACUUCAAAAAUUUUAUAAUUUGUUUUGUAAAUAUUACUAAUUACAUUGUUUUUGCAGGCUCUACAAUUUGGGGAUGAAGUGCGUUCGUCAAAGCGGUCAAAUAAAUUUAAGAAGAAGGGAAACGGGAAGGAUAAAGGUUAGUUUUAGGUAGUUAUAAUAUCUAUAAUUUAUUGCAGCCAAUACUUAUGCUGAUGACAUGAACAAAUGUCUAUACGAGGAAUUGCCCGAGAAUACUUUCACUAGGACCAUUUCAAAUCCAGAAGUUGUCAUGAAGCGUCAAAGGGAGCAGAAGAUUGAUCAGAAAUUGAAGGAAUUAGGAGAAAGAGGACUCACUGGAGGUAGUUUGAAGAUUUAUUGUGAAGAGUUAGAUCCGAAUAGAGCUUAUGUAUCUGUAUUGGUUGGGCCAUUGGAUUGUGCGGAUAAAGUUUUGCUCGAAGCAGUGGAAAAGUUCAGCUUUGGAACCUUGGAUCACCGAGAAUUUGUGUUAGUUGAGGUCAGUCAAGCAGUAUAAUAUAAUUUUUAGAAUGCGGCUAGAUUAGUUGAUAUCUCUACCGACUGAUUGUUGUAUUUAUGAGGGUUUUCGAGAGGGUGAACAUCAAAAUUUAACGAUCUUAUUCUCUUAUCUAUUCUAAUAUCUUUUCGCUCCUGCAGAUCCAGCAAAGAAACGGGCGACGGUCGGAGAGAGCCCUUCUUUUGGACGAGUGCCCGGCUGUUAUUUUUGCCAAAAACAAUUCUUCUGGAAGUGAGUUGACUGCCUUGUUAUUAACCAGUAGUAUUUCCUCUCUAAAGUAAUCCAAUUACCCCAAGUGCUGUCCAUUUUGUUGUUUUUCCUUGACUCUUGCAUUCCCUUUACCCUCGAUCAUAAGCGGCUAUUCCAGCGCUCCUAAUCGGAUUAUAUUGUAGCAGAGACGUCAUUUCAUCUGAGGAAACGGACUUCAUCGCCUCCAACGACAUCGACUCCGUUGAACGGGAAGGAGAACGCGGUAAGCGGAGAGGGGCGAACGACGGGGCAAGACGACUGCGGGAGACCCGAGAUUUAUCGCCCGACCUCGUCGCUUUCUUUUAAUUUGACCGAUUUGCUACCAUCCCCGUCACAUAUUUAUACUCAAAUUGUAGAUGGUCAUCGAUCCGCCGCCUAGCUACAGGCAGGCCACACAGUUCGAUGUGACCCCAGACCUCGGCCCUCCGGCCAAUAUUCCUUGUCAUUUUCAGUUGCGCUGUAAGUGGGGAAUGUUUUAUUGUUAGUGGGGCUCGUUCUUUUGUCGCCGUCGGAUGUAAAUAUUAUAGUUAGCUACUUAACGCGGGAUUAUUUGAGCGGCGGGAAUUUUUUCAGCGAAAGUGAUAAGAAAUUAGAAGAAUGCAAGGUUAUACAUAAAAAUAAUACGAACUUGGAAUGAUGACAUUAUUUUGGGCUCGGCGUCUCAGUUCCUGACCUCUCUCUUCGAUCACUUCCGCUCAAAUGACACCGAAUUCCCUCUGGCUCCAGCCUUUAUCACAUAUUUGGCCAUAAAAGAUCCACAAAACAGAGAGACCACAGCUUUGAUCCUCUUGUUCUGCAACAAAGUCAACGAGUUUGUACAGGUAAAAUUAUUGGAUAAAUCAUUCGUGUUGAAAACAUGUUUAAAUGUAAUUAACGAUGAUUUCAGUCGCGCCCCGAUGAUUGGAGAAUCCCUAAUUUCUGGCUGGCCAAUUGCCUGGAACUGGGAAAUGUAAUCGCCAAAGAUACGACUGCCUUCAAACAUACCACCAAUAAUUUGAAUGAGAAUAUUAAAGUGACCACGAUCAGAUGCUUUGACUUUCUCGUGGAAUCUUGUCGGAUUGAGAUUGAAAAGAGAAUGUCCAAGUUCUUGAACGUCGUCUUGAGACAUGACAUUGCAGUCAGAGAGCUCAUGGAUUUCCUGGAAGAUGUCUCGCACCAUGUGAGGAGAGUCCAACUGAACCCGGCGUUGAUCAUUCAGCUCUUUUCUCAUAUCUUCUACACCAUCAACAUGUAUUCUUUCAAUUGGCUCAUUUCUACUGACGGUAAGGUCAUCUGUUAUAUUCGCCAUGAUCAAUAAGGCAAAAGUUGAUUGUGGUUGCAUAUUUUCAGAGGGAAACUCAAGCCUUACUCGUCAAUUUGCAGUUCAAUUUCGUUCUCGGUUAUCCGAACUAACUCGAUGGUCAGAACUCCAUGGCCUCCAAUUGGUGGCUGAAUGUGAAUUGGAUCGAAUAAACCAGACUCUCCAUCUGCUGGUCACCCCAAAAACGGUCAACCAGAUAGCCAGCCUUGGUGCUACUUGUUACAAACUCAAUUCCCGGCAAGUCGGCUUUCUUUUGAGCAGGUAUAUAUCGGAUGUAAAUGAACUGCCAGUGACUCAAGUGCUGGUGGAUAACGUUGUUCAACUUGCUAAAUGUCAUGCUGAUCGGAUAAUCAAAGAGGAAGGUGGAGAAGUCACGUUGGAAGAAGAUCCCGUAUUAAGACUGGCCUUUUCCUUUCCAGACGACGGCUAUGUUUUGGGUAAGUUAAUAAAAAUUAUAUGAAUGAAGACUCGUUAAUAAACAAUAGUUCUUUGUAAUUUCAGAUACUUUGGAGACAAUUCCCUCCUCCCUUUCAACAGUUCUUGCCAAUCUUCAACGCACUGGCUUCUGUGAUCUCAUCUAUGAACAGUCGGCCUCCCCUUGGGCAAAUCAAUUUUCUCAUCAACUUCCGGCCAUCCAGUCUCAAAGAGCACCCCCUCAUUAUCGACCUCCAUCACAGACACCGAGUUUUGUAAAUAGAGCAGAACGAAUUACGGUGACCAUCAGAAGACCGCCCGGUGCUGGACUUGGUCUUUCGAUUGUGGCUGCUCAGGGAUUGGGGGAUUCGAAUAUGGGGAUCUACAUCAAGAAGGUCGUCGAGAACAGCCCGGCCUCCUACGAGGCAUCUCUGGCCAGAGGCGACCAAAUUUUGGCUGUAAAUGGCCUCCCCUUGCUAAAUGUUUCUCAAGAAAUCGCUGCAAAGCAUAUAUCGGCGUCUGGUGGGGUGGUCAGAUUAGAUGUCAUAAAGAGUGCCGCCUCUUAUAAUGGACUGGAGUCAUGGUUAGGCACACGGUCACAACAACCACAAUCUAAAAAUUCCGCUCAAAUUUAUGCUACAACUUCUGAAAUUAUUAGUCCAGCCGGGACUUUUAGUCAGGUAAUUUUUUGGAUAUUAAUUUAGAGCUGGGUCUCGUUCCUUGAAUAUUGUGUCUUUUUUAGAAUUCGUUGCCAUCACAGUCAUCUCAACGCCUUCCGGAACGAUUUCGACCGGUCGCUAUUCGUCCACCAGUUGUAAAAUCCCCAUAUCACUACCAAACACAUCCAGAUCAUCAGAUAAAUGGGCAAGGAGAUCAUGCAUUUCUAACAAGGGAAGUCACUUUUUUCGCAGACGGACUUUGGAACGGCACCUAG